UUUUCAGAAAUGUUUACCUUCUUGAAGCGCCAAAUUAUUCCUUUUAUCGCUCCUCGAGAAUCUGUUACAAUUUCUGUAGCAACUACCACUAGCCAGCCGUUAAUAAUGAAAAUUCGAAGACAUAAAAUGAACAAGCACAAAUAUCUUAAAAGACUUAAACGCGAUUGGUGGCAAAUUAAGAAGAGGCAGGCUCAGAAAAAGCAAAGGUCUGAAGAUCUUUUUCGCGGCCGAAUGCGCGAAAUGCUUGUCGAGUUUGAGCGCUUCGAUCCCUUGGAAUAUGUCAAAGAAACAAUGGAAAAAGCUAAUAAGGAUUGGAGAGUAGAUGUGGAGCCAAGCGGAAGGAAAAAGUUCCCCCAUUGGUCGACAUUGAUGAGCCUUGAGGAGCUUUAUUCAGUCGAGAAGGAUGAUUAUAUCGACAAACGCUUUGGAUUGCCAAGCAGCGAGGAACUCCCGAUCUUGAAUAAACUUUGCGCUGAUUAUCAACAUCAUUACAUUGUAGGGCCAGCAAAAGAGUUUUUAGAAAAAAAUAGGAAAAAAGAAGUUGAGGAGAGACAGAAAAUUCUUGAAAUGGCAGGUUAUUCGAUUACAAAAAUUGAUAGAAAAAGUGAUGAAAAAUAG